UAAUUAGUUAAAAUAAAUAUUAGUCAAAAACUCGCCCACAAAGAAAAAACGCAGUACCAGUUCUGCCAACCGACCACCCUCAGUUGACAUUCCGAAGAACGUGCGCGUUAAAACUCCGUGCGCCUUGUUUUCGGAAUAAAAACCGUCGCCAUGCCCAAACAAGCAAAGAAACGUAAACACAACCCGAAAACCGAAGAUGUCGAGUACGAGAUCGACGCCCCGAAACCGAAAUUCAAGCCGUUCGACGAGGCGGCCGCCGCCGAGGAGGAGCAGCUCUCUCAGAUUCUGUUCGGCGGACCCACCAGUUUUUUGAAGUGUCUGGAGGAGGCGGAACAGGAGGCCGGACCGUCCAACAUCGAUUCCGGCGUCGGGGAGGACGAUAGCAACGAGAGUGAUGGGGUGGUUGACCGUAAGCCCGUGUGGCACGACGAGGACGACGACGGGAUCGAGGUGGGACACGCACUUAAGGCCCAAAGGAGAAAGUUACCGAACGGGGGCAUCAACAGCAGGACCAACAAAUACUCAAAGUUGCUCAAGAGCAAGUUCCAGGCAGCUGUCGGCACACCGAAGUGGGCCCAGCUGGAUAAGGACAAAGCUGAGGGUUCUGAUUCGGACGACGAAAUUUUGCAGUCGUGCGGAUUCAUCAGGAAGACCACUAAUGUCAAUUUACCAGCUUCCAUGCUUGAGUUCAAGAAAGUCAAAGAUUUGAAUUGUGAGACUUACACUGAGGGUCCUUACAUAAACGCCAUAGAGUUUCAUCCGACCUCAAGUGUGGCAUUGGUUGCUGGCAACAAAGGCAUUGCCACUCUGUUUGCAGUUGAUGGUAAAAGGAACAACAAACUACACAGUAUUGCAUUUGAAAGAUUCCCAAUACUCAAAGCAAAAUUUGUUCAUAAUGGAAAUGAAGCCAUUCUGGGCUCCAGACAUGCACACAUCUUCAGUUAUGACUUGAUGACUGCCAAACCAAUCAGGUACAACCUUCCCCAUGGUUUGACUCAGUGCAAGAACUUCAUCAUCUCACCAGAUUCCCAAUUUAUGGCUGUGGCUGGCAAAUGGGGUGAAGUGCAUAUUAUGUCUGCAACCACCAAAGAAACUGUGGGAAUGUUAAAGCAAGAAGGUGAAGUAACAGCCUUGACCUUCAAUCCACAAGGCACCCUGUUGUUUGGCCACAGUGAUACUGGAGAGGUGACAGUCUGGGAUAUGAAAACAAGACGGGUAAAACACAAGUUCUAUGAUGAGGGUUGUCUGCAAGGAACAUGUUUAUCAGUUUCUUCAUCCAAUCAGUUCAUAGCAACUGGCUCUGCUCAAGGUGUGGUGAAUUUGUAUGGAGUGGAGGAUGUUUUGCAGCAGAAGACACCAAAGCCCAGAAAAACAAUCAUGAAUUUAACAACAGGAAUCUCUAGUUUGGAGUUUAAUGCGUCCUCUGAAAUUCUGGCACUCGCCUCCCCUGAUAUUCAGAAUUCAGUUAAAUUGUUCCAUGUGGGAGCUGGAACAGUUUUCAAGAAUUUCCCAACCUUCCAAAGCAAGAUGGGACAUAUAAAUGUACUUAAUUUCUCACCAGGAAGUGGAUACGUUGCAUUUGGUGAUAGAAAUAACACUGUGGCACUGUACCGUCUCAAGCAUUUUAAGAAUUAUUAAUCAAUGUGAUUUUAUAUAAGAAUAUGGGCAAUUAUCACAAUGUUCUGUUGAUAUUAGUCUACUAAAUAUUACACGUAUAUUUAAAAUUCUUCCAUUUUGGUAGUAAUGGAAUUCAAGACAAUUUACACAUAUACAAUGUUUAGGAGUUACACCAUGAUGAUGUAUUCAGUUGGUUUAGAGAUUCAUUUUACGUUCAUUCAAUUCAUCAUUUUUAUACCCGUUUUCUAUGUUGUAAAUAUAUGUCUGACUAUUGAAUUAUGUUUCUAUUGUGUUAAUGGUAACUUAUUCAAAUUAUUUUUUAAUUUAUGGAUUGUAAACUUUUGUGUAAAUAAAACUGUUAAUGAUUUA